AUGUGUGAGGAUGACGAUCCGAAAUCCGCAAUCUCGCUGAUUAUUGUGCUCGCAGGAUCCGCGAUUUCGUUGAUCUCCAUUUGCACCAACGUCAUCCUAUUCCUGGCGCUCAUUCGCAACUCUCGCUGCUUUCAAUGCUAUUUUCACUUUAUUCUGGUGCUCGCCUUCUUCGACAUUAUUAUAUCGCUAUUCUACAUGCCGGUGAUUCUAGUUGACACCCUAAAAGAUUGGACCAAAUGGAUCGAAUUGGCGCGAGCGUGGUGGCCGUUUUUUGUCUACGGUCUUACUAUUACCCACAUCUCAAUGACAACAGCAAGCUUCAUUUUACUAUCAGUGGUAUUCGAGAGAUUCCUCAUCACUAUUCGAUAUUAUCGCCUCAAGCAGUUUCAAGCGCAUCGCAGCUUCAUCUGUUUCAUUUGCCUCCUGCUUGGCAUUUCAACAAAAGGCGGAAUGCUGUUCGAGCUUGACGUGUUCCCCAACGAGGAUCCCACGUGUAUGAACACGGUUCUCGAAUACUACGUCGACGUCACCGACAUCACCAAAACGGUGUGGUACGGCACGAUAUACAAAUUCUGGUUUCGCAACUUCGCCACCGUCUUUCUGCCGUUCUUUCUGCUCAUGGGCCUCAACAUGAAAAUGGUGAUCGAGUUGCGACGCCAAAUGCGCUCGGCGUUGGUGAACAAAUCGCGUCGGCGGUUCUCGUUGAGAAUGCAGAGCAAGAAGAACGUUCGCCAAGCGACGAGCACAAUGCUUUUCGUCUGCCUCAGCUAUUUGAUUGCCAAUCUUAUCAAUGUGUUCAUCACGGCCUGGGAGUUUAUCGAUAUGAAAUCACUAGUUGAAAAUUUUUUCGAUGAAUACAUGCUAUCGGCCGACAUCUCGUCGCUUCUCGUCGUUUCCGCGUGCGCUCUCCGCCUCCCAAUCUACAUGGUCUGCAAUCCCGACCUUCGACGAACCGUGAAGCGUUCGGUUCAACACAAAUCCGAUCAUCGCGACAAAAUCGAGCAAACGUUCUCGCUGAUCACAAAAAUUGUUGUUUGA